ACAGAACGCGAUCUGCAUGAGUAAAUUUAUUAUACACGACUAUUCUUCGUAGUUUUUAGUAGUUGCUAGUAGUUUUCUAACGGUAUAUCUUUAAAUAAAAAUUGCCAGUGAAAUAUGCACUAGAAUUCUCAUAAGUGUUUUCCAACCUCUGAAUAUUAGAAAUGCCAAAACUUCUGAAUAUUUAAAGAUAAAUAAUCAACUUCUUUGAUAGUAAUUAUCUGCUGCAUAUAUUUUUUUACUUUAUUGUAUCAACAAGAUGAAUAUUAUUAAAAUUAAAGAAGAAGAGGAUUACGCUACUGUUGUUAAAGCUGCUGGCAAAAUGUUAUCUGAAAGGAUCACAUAUCCUUGGCAAGAAGACUUGUCAUUGAGAACAAAAUGGAGUUAUUCUGAAAAGACUUCGAAAGAAUUACUAAUGAAAGAAUUAUGUUUUAUGAUAAAUGAAGAACAAAUAGAACUUUUGGAACCAGUAAUGGAAGAAGAGCCAAAUUGUAAAAUAUUAUUUGGACAAGGAAACCUGGAAACAUUAUCAUUAAUUUUGAGAUUUAAACUAACUGAUAUGAAAGUAACUGGAAUGUUACGUAGUUAUAGCUCAUCUAAACCAUGCAAAAGUUUUCCAUAUGAGUUGAUUUUAAAAGAUGUUGAAUUUGAAAUUACAGCUGGACUUAUCAUUCAAAGAGAUAGUUUUUGCAUAGAAAACUAUUUGAAUGAUUAUGUAAACUUUAAUAUAGUUCUUUUUUAUAAAAGCAAAGAUGAAUCAAAAGACAUAUUUCCACUGGAUAAGAUUCAUAAUUCAGCUUUGAGAAAAUCAAUUGAGAAAUAUAUUGUAGAGAAGUUUACUAAAGACAUUAUAAUUGCUGUUGGAGAUAAAGUCACUGAAGAUUGUAUAGAUACAUCUGUUAGUGGUUUGCUUGACAAUGAAUGUAAAUACCGCAAUCAAUUAAGAUUGCACAAGAAGAAAAUUACUGUAGCCUUCCAAAAAUUAGCUACUGAAUUGGUAACAUUAAUUAAUAAUAAUUUGAAGAACAAACACUUAUCAGAAAUCAAAUUACCAAAUAUAAGUGGGAAAUUGAUAGAAAAAGAUAAUGGAAGAGGUAGUUUUACAGCUGAUGAUGGAUUAUUAAAAAGUUUGUCAUCCCUUCAACAAAUGGGAGAUAUAAUCGUUCUACAAGAUGAUGAAGACAUUGUGCUAUUGGUGUUUUUAUACUUUUCUGUUCUCGAUAUCUCUUAUAAACAUCUCAGUAUAAUGAAAAAAGAUUCUGAACAGGUAAGAUUCUUUGAAGCACCAGAAAAUUCAAAUUCAUCAUACAUGAAAAUUAAGAUCCACAAAACUGAUAAUGAAAAGAUUAAUUUGAGUCUACUUGAUUACAAAGUGGAAGAUCUAGGGUAUAUUGAAAUUAAUUGGGACGAAUCUGAAAAUGACCUAUUCAAAAAAUCAGUUGAACCUGAAUUGGCAAUGUGGCUUAAUUAUACACUAGAAUAUACAGUAACAUUACUUAUUGAAGAAAAAAUUAAAAGUAGUAUUAUUGAAGUUUUAACAGAUGCAAAAUUGAAACCUUUUCUAUUAUAUUCAAAAGAUACAGCUGAUGAUUAUGACAGUGAUCCUUUGGAAGAUGAAUGUGAAAAAUUUGAAGAAGGAAUAAAUACUAAUGAUGAUGCUGGAAGUGGUCAUAAUGCUUAAGAUUAAUUAAUUAUUAAUGCUUUUUAAGAACACCCUUGUCAAUAAUUAUCUAGACAUGUAUUUAUACUAUGUAUCUCAUUAAAAACCUUCAUAAAUUCUAAAUUUUCACUAAGUUUUUUUCUAAAAUGAUAUAGACCUAAUGAUUUCAUUUAUAUAAAUUAUACAUGAUUUAUACAACAAUUAUAUAAAUCUCCUACUAUUUCUCAUAGAUUUAAAUCUAAAUAGUUCUAAAUUACGACACAUUAGAAAUAGCUCUAUUCAAACAGUUUUAGCAAUAAAAUAUGAAAGAUUUUAUGAAAUAACUUUUUAUACUUUCAAUCUCUCAAAAAGGUUUCGAAAUCAACUAUAGCAUGCAUCUUAGAACGAUAAUAAUCUACGAUGUAACAGAAUUAUUCAUCAGGAUAUUAAAAAAAUUAAAUUAUUUAACUAAAUCGCUAUUAUUUACCCAGAUAACACAGCGUGCUGGCAUGGUUUGGCACGUGCGUUCUCGUCACGGCGUGCCGUCAUAAUGCAGGUACAGUGGGAGCACGAAAAGUGGCGCAUGUCGUACCGUCAGAAUGCGGGCAUAAAGCAAAUCUCGAUGUGCCGCACGCCGUGCCGUUAGAAUGCUGCCAUUCUGUGGUCACGUAAAAAAAUAAAAUUCGAAUAGGCAUUACG